UAGCUUGCACUCGUCGGUAGACAGAGUCUUGAGCAUGACGGCACGAUUGCUAAUGGCGUGUAGUUUGUUGACCUAACCGAUCACAUUGGCAUUUCUUCAAACACCUCUCGCCCCACCAUCAUAUUAGUCAUUACCCACGUUUCCACUUCACCAGCUAUGGCCGGAGCACCGCCGCCGCCGGACACUAAGUUCAGGACCCAUUCACGGAGGAGCACCGCCUCCGUCGUCCACCCCGUCGACAUCGAUACCGCAGCUCACCCCGUUGUGUACUCAGAAAUGAAGCAUUUCAAGAAAUGGUUCCCGUGGCUGGUUCCUUCCUUUGUGGUGGCCAAUACUGCGAUAUUCGUGAUCACCAUGUACGUCAACAAUUGCCCCGACAACUCUGCUUCGACGUGCGUUGCUGGAUUCUUGGGGCGGUUCUCGUUUCAGCCCUUCAAAGAGAACCCUCUUCUUGGCCCUUCAUCAUAUACACUCCAGAAAAUGGGGGCUUUAGAUGUAAAUAAAGUGGUCCAUGGGCAUCAGGGUUGGCGCCUAAUCACUUGCAUGUGGUUACAUGGUGGAGUUUUUCAUUUGCUGGCCAAUAUGUUGAGUCUUUUAGUUAUUGGUAUUCGACUGGAGCAAGAGUUUGGCUUUGUGCGGGUUGGGUUGCUGUAUCUUAUAUCUGGUUUCGGUGGGAGCUUGUUGUCAUCUCUUUUUAUCCAGUCUAACAUCUCUGUUGGUGCUUCUGGUGCACUUUUUGGAUUACUGGGAGCCAUGCUUUCUGAACUCAUCACUAAUUGGACUAUAUAUGCUAAUAAGGUAGCAGCAUUUUUGACACUUGUGGUCAUCAUUGUAAUCAAUCUAGCAGUGGGGAUCCUUCCACACGUGGACAACUUUGCUCAUAUUGGAGGAUUCCUCUCUGGUUUUCUUCUUGGGUUUGUAUUUUUGAUUCGCCCCCAGUUUGGAUGGAUUAGCCAAAGACAUGCUCCUCCAGGAUAUUUCUCCUCUUCAUCUAAACCUAAAUUCAAGAUGUAUCAGUGCAUAUUGUGGAUUAUUUCUUUAUUCCUUCUGAUUAUUGGGUUCACUGUUGGGUUGGUUAUGCUUCUCCGUGGGGUUGAUGCAAAUGAUCACUGCUCUUGGUGCCAUUAUUUAAGUUGCGUUCCUACUUCAAUGUGGAGCUGCAACACACAGAACGUGUCCUGCUUGUCCGAUCAGAUAGCCGACCAACUAACCCUGACAUGCUCAGGCUCGGGCAAAAGCAAGACAUAUACAUUGGCAAAUGCGACCACUUCACAGAUCCAGGGGCUCUGUUCUCAGCUUUGCCGUUAGUUAACACAAACUGCAUGGUGCUUAUAUGUGUAGUUUUAAUGUAUAAAUUGAUAGGGUUUUGUUGUUUUUAAAAUUCUCCCCAUUAUUUCCUUGCAGAUGCAUAUUUUCUGUUGUAAAUUGACAUGUUUGUGGAAAUAAAAGCUCAUUUUUCGGCUCA